AUGACAGACUCCAAAGAAGCCCUCCUCGCCCAAAUGGAAGGCAUUGACACCGCCGAGUCCGACCCACCCCCAGCCUACGACAAACCACCCCCAAAGUCCACUCGCGGGGCACCCCUCCCACGCCCACCACCCCUCAACCUCCCCGUCCUCAACAACCUCCGCAGCCGGCGCGUGAUCCUCGCCUCCCAAUCCCCACGCCGCAAACAAAUAAUCUCCUUCCUUGGCCUCCCCAACCUCGAAAUCAUCCCUUCAAACGCCGCCGAAGACCUCCCCAAAAGCCUCGGCGCCUUCGACUACGAAAUCAACAACGAAGACAAGGGCGAGCCGGCACUCAUCCUAGCCGCCGACACGGUCGUCGUCGAUCCCUCCACCGGAGCUAUUCUCGAAAAGCCCCGCUCGGAAGCACACCAUCUUGCUAUGCUGCGUUCGCUGCGCGACGUUCGCAAUCAUAAGGUCUUCACGGCGCUUGUGGCUAUGGCGCCGUUGGAUAGUGCGCGGGACCCCGGGUAUGCUAUUGAGACGAUGGUUGAGGAGACGGCUGUGAGGUUUGAUUCUGAGGUUACGGAUGAGUUGAUUAUGGCUUAUGUGAAGACGAGGGAGGGGGCGGAUAAGGCUGGUGGAUAUGGGUUGCAGGGCUUGGGUUCGAUCCUUGUUGAGAAGAUUGAUGGGAGUUAUGAUAAUGUUAUUGGGUUGCCGCUUAAGGCGACGCUCAAGGUUAUUGAGACUGUUAUGCAGAAGGCGGAUGAUGAUGGGGGGUUGCCUGGGGAUGGGGAGGAGAGUGAGGAGGAGUGA